AUGAACAACACUAAGUUUCAGCAAAAUCUGACAGAUGAAUACUGCUUUCCAGACAACAACAACUCCUGCAGAAAGGAGUUGCGAAGCAGCAACAGCAACAUCUUCCUCUUCCUCUUCCUGUCAUGCAUCUCUGUAGUCACCGUGAUCCUCAACCUGCUGGUGAUCAUCUCCAUCUCCCACUUUAAGCAACUGCACACACCAACCAAUCUGCUCAUCAUGUCUCUGGCGGUGGCCGACCUCCUCGUGGGACUCGUAGUGAUGCCUGUGAAUAUUAUGGACUUGAUAGAUAACUGCUGGUAUCUUGGGAAAACCAUGUGCUCGCUUUAUCCCUUGCUUAAUUAUAUUUCCGUGUCGGCUUCUGCAGGCAGCUUGGUGUUCAUCGCGGUCGAUCGGUACAUUGCCAUUUACAACCCUCUGUUGUAUUCCACCCAAAUCACCAUUUCUAAAACGUCCUUGUUUAUAGUUCUGACCUGGUCUUGUGCUAUUCUGUAUAAUGUUUUAUUUUAUGUCUUUAACGGCCACCUGCUUGAUCCUGACCUGUUCAGCAAAUGCGUCGGCAAAUGCGUGGUGGUUCAAAGUCAGUCGGCCUCCAUGGCCGACUUGUUCAUUUCCUUCGUCGGGCCUUGCAGCGCCAUGAUGUUUUUGUAUCUGAGAAUUUUUAAAGUGGUGAGAUAUCAGGUCAAAUCCAUCCACGUUCUAGAGUACGACAACGCACAUGGGCGUGGGGUCAAAAGUGUGAAAAACAAAGCUGUAAAAACCUUAGGCAUCGUCAUUUUCGUGUACCUGUUUUGCUGGAUUCCGUAUUAUUUACAUUCUCUGUCUGUUGAAAACCUGACAUCCGUGUCCAUGGUGUGGAUCGUACUCAACUGGCUGAUAUACAUCAACUCCUCUGUAAACCCCCUGAUCUAUGCCAUAUUUUACCCCUGGUUUAGAGCAUCUGUUAAGUACAUCGUGACAUGUAGAAUAUUCCAGGCUUCUUCUUCCAUGUUUAAUCUGUUCCCAGAACAGUUCUGA